GUUGAGUUAGUUCCGUUACAAAAGUAGGGAUUUGGAUCUGGAACCAAAUUGUGAGAACUCUAAGUACCGUUUGGUACGCGGACGGGACGGGACGGGACAGGACGGGAUGGAAUAAUGGUUCCAUGUUAUGUUUGGUAUGCGCAUGACAUAACGGGAGAGUUGUUCUAUUCUGCGUUUGGUAAGCGCAAGACAGAACGAAACCAAAAUGUUAAAAUGACUAACCGACCCACUAUCUGCAAAACCCUAGUAUGUACAUCUCUCUCCUCAAUCACCUCCACCCUCCGAACCAAUCGACCCACUGUCUCUCUUCUCCACUCCCCCUCCCUCCUCUUCUCUCCGCUUCCUUCCAACCAAGCUGCUGCAGAUUUCACAGACGAAGCUCACUCCGCGGACUCAACCCUAGAACCGCCGGAGAACCCGACUCAGGAAACCGUGGAGGAGCUUCUGAGGAAGAAAAACAAAGUCGCGCGCCUGAUGAAAAUGGAACGCCGCCACGAGUCUGCACACCAAAUCGGCGGUCGAUGGUUCUCGCAUCUGGACAAGUUUAGCUGCGGUGAAGGUGCUUUUCUCAAUAGCGGUGAGGUGCUUAAAGCGGUGGAUCCGUACAUAAUGUAUGUGAGGAAGGAGAAGUUUAGGAAAGUGGUGAAGAAUCGGAGUUACGAGGUGUGUCUAGUGGUUAAAGGAUUGGGAGAUUUCGGCAAUGUAUCGACGGUGUUUCGGUCUGCAGAUGCGUUCGGGUUUCAGUCGGUUCAUGUGGUAUCAUGCGACUCCAAAAGGUGCAACGACAUUUGAGGUGAAAGGGGUUUAGGAAGAGGAUGAGGAUGAAGGUUGCAAAGGGGAGAUGCAGGGAUGAAGAACUUCACAGCGGCAGAGAAGAGAAGAUGAUAGAUAGGGUUUGUUGUAUGAUUUAGAAGGUGUAAAUAUUGAAAAAUCUAAGGGGUAUUUUUGUCUUAAAUUUUAUGAUUUUUGUGUUCCACGGGAUGGAAAAACCCAUUCCAGGGGGGAGGGGGAACCAAAAUUUAACCCAUUUUCGUUCUG